CGUCAAGCUGCGCGUGUAAACGUCAAAGAAAAAGUUAAGAAGACAUAUUAAAUCUAUUUUAUAUUCAGCACACAGACGCGUUAUUAUUUGAGUUCUAUAAUACAUACGUGCAUCAAGUAUUGAAGAUAAAUAUUUGUAUAAUAUUUAAUAAUGGGACGACUGGCAGAGCUUGCUGGUGAUGAGGAUACUGGGGAUAGGUGCAGAACAUUUGUGUUUCAAGAUGAAGGACAUACUUUGGGAAAUGCUUUAAGGUCCAUAGUAUCUCGAUAUCCUGAAGUAUUGUUCUGUGGAUAUACUGUACCACAUCCGGCUGAAACCAAGAUGCACUUUAGGAUACAAGUGUCUAAUGGCAGAGCAAUUGAUGUUUUAAGAAAAGGGUUAGAGGAUCUUGAGAAAGUUUGUGAUCAUACUAGUAAAACAUUUGAAGCAGCCUGGGAAAGCUAUAAGAGUGAGCAUGUGGCAUAAGAUCAAUAAAACAGAAUAAUUCUUAUAGAUAUUUGUAAUAAAUGCUAUAACUUAUGACCAUUAUUUUAUAUUUUUUAUGUAAUAUUGGAUUAGUGGAAAUGAGGGUGAAUAAAAAAAAGUUUGUUCCAUGGA